AUGAUGACCCACAAGCAGCGUUUCCGUCGAAUUGUUAUUCACGCGGGUGGUAAUGACGUUCGGCGGAAACAGUCCGAGGUGUUGAAGCUGCAAGUCGCCGCCGUGUGCAAGCUGGCUAGCACAAUGGCCGACACUGUCAUCUUCUCUGGGCCCCUACCUAGCACUAGCAGUGCAGAAGCAUUCAGCAGACACUCGGCUUUCAACCGCUGGCUGUCUGGCUGGUGCCCUCGAAGUGGUGUUGUUCAUGUUGACAAUUGGAGUGCCUUUUGGGGAAAGCCCGGUCUCAUCCGCUCGGAUGAUAUCCACCCAACGUUGGCGGGUACAUCCCUUUUGGCUAAGAAUUUGGCCCUGGCUCUAAACUGUUCUGCUCGGCUCAAAUGA